GCAGUUUGCUGAGAGUUCCAUUCGAGAGUGACAAGAAGGCAUUAUUCGCGUGCGAAACAACAGCUUUUAAAUCGAUUAUUCUAGAUAUUUUAUUCAAGUAAAUUAUUCAAAAGUCCAUCGAGGCACUAGUAACAUCUAGGCCCCAGGAAAACGUUUUUUAAUCUAAAUACAACUACACCAGAGUGUUCAGAGUGCGAAGAUUUCAGACUGUGAUUUUUGUAUGCACACGUUUUUUUGAGGAAAACGUAAUUGAUUGAGUAUUGAGGACGGUUUUUACAAUUAUCAAGAAGAUUGCUAUCGCCUAGAGGGGCGUUAAUAUCUUAUAUGACUUUAGAAAGAUACAGAGAGACAUCAGUACUCCGAGGCGUCGAUCGGUCAGCUUGCGCGCCAAGUUCACACAGUGCGAAGUGUAUGACUCCAACUAGGCGCCGCCACUGCUAUAGGCAAUCAAAAUUUUCGAGUAAUAGACAUCGAAAGUUGCAGCCCUUUAGGGAAACGUGAAGGGGGUCGCCGCCGCCGCACCACGACGACGACGACGAGGACGACGAGAGUAGAGAAGCAGCAACUGCAAUUGCAGUAGCCAAGGAGCAGCAAAUACGACCAGCAAAUCAUCUGCAAUAUCAUCACUCCUCAUGCACAACCUCAAUCAUAGACAACGUCAGUCGCAAACUUUAGACACUUACACGCACCGCUAACUUUUGGAAAUAGACACACAUUUUAAUAGAUACAGGUUACAUAAAAUAGCUUUCAAAAUUCGGCCGCCAAAGACCAGCCUGACCGCCAAGCGGACCCCAAACAAAUCUGACCAUCGCCCAGCGAGUGGCGUCCAGACCACCAGCUGAAACCAACUUUUAACCAAAACAAACACCACUCCAGACCAAUACAACAAUAUUAUUGCAAAUUUAAAACCAAACCCAAAUCAAAUCAAAUUUAUUCCUUCAUCGAUUCCCUAAAACACUACCAGACAGAAUGGGCAGUCUUAACGUGAACCGCAGCGUCAGCGACGCCUUCUACCGCUACAAAAUGCCCAGACUCUGCGCUAAAGUAGAGGGCAAGGGCAACGGCAUCAAGACGGUCAUCGUCAACAUGGUGGACGUGGCCAAGGCACUGGGCAGACCAGCCACAUAUCCUACCAAGUACUUUGGAUGCGAGCUGGGCGCCCAGACGCAGUUCGAUUUCAAGAACGAGCGCUUCAUUGUGAACGGAUCGCACGAUGCGAGCAAGUUGCAGGAUUUGCUCGAUGUCUUUAUAAGAAAGUUUGUACUUUGUCCGGAGUGCGAUAACCCGGAGACGGAUUUGCUAGUCAGCGCCAAGAAGGGCACCAUCAGCCAGGGUUGCAAAGCCUGCGGUUUCCAUGGACCAUUGGAAUUCAAUCACAAAUUGAACACUUUUAUUUUGAAAAAUCCACCCAAUUUGGAUCCAGCAGUACAGGGUUCGAGUUUGACCGAGGGCAAAAAGCGUAGCAAGCGCAGCAAGAAAUCAGGCGAGACCAACGGCACCGCCGACACGCCCAGCAAAGACGGCGGCGAUCAUGCCGGCGAACUUAAUGUCGAAGCACCCGAUGUUGUCGCCAACAAUGGGGAAGAAGAGGACGACGAAGAAUGGGCAGUAGAUGUCUCCGAGGAGGCCGUCCGGGCGCGCAUGUUAGACUUGACGGACGGCGCGAAGGGCAUGACCAUCUCCGAUGACCUCGACAAGCCGGAGAAGGAGCGCAUGGACAUCUUUUACGAAUUCGUGAAGCAAAGAAAAGCGCAGGGCCUGCUCGAGAUACAGCAGACGCACAAGGAGCUUGCUGGCGAGGCGGAAAGGUUGGAGAUCAAAUCCAAAGCCACACUCAUCCUGGCAGAGUUGCUGUUCACUUCAAAUAUAAUAUCAGAAGUCCGAAAAUACCGCACCCUGCUGUUGCGUUUCACACACGACGACUCCAAGGCGCAACGUUAUCUCUUGAAUGGACUGGAGCAGAUUGUAGCUUUGCACAAGGAUACUUUGCUCAACAAGGUGCCGGGCAUAUUGAAGCUGUUCUACGAUGCUGAUAUUUUGGAAGAGAAGGCGCUACUCGAUUGGGGCGGCAAGGUGUCCAAGAAGUACAUCUCGAAGGAAUUGUGCCAGGAGAUUCAUACCAAGGCUGAACCUUUCAUUCGCUGGUUGCAGGAGGCCGAGGAGGAGGACAGCGAUAGCGAGGAUAGCGAUGAGGAUGAUCUCGAGAUCGAGUACAACGACCGUGCAAAAGUGUCCGCCCUCAAAGACAUGACAAAACCGAUUGUUGCACCAAAACAGCAACCAGUAGAAGACCCGGCUGACGAUUUUGACAUUGAUGCCAUAUAAAACCAUGGAGCACCCCCCAAAUCACCAUUGACCACAACCUCACACACCACCAUUCGCAACCAUAAUAAAAAACUAGUAUAUAAAAAAAAUUACAAAAAAAGCAAAUCAAAUCAAAUCAAAUUCU